CCAUAUCUACUUUCAUAGGUAGUCGAAAAACUUAAGCCUAGCUUAUUUUUCCCCUUUUUAUUCUUUCUGGUUUUUUUUUUGCUUGUGAAAAUUAGUUUCCUUCUUUUAAUUUUCAUUGCAUUAAAAAUAUCACACUUAGAAUGUUUGUCGAACCAAUCAAAGAUCACACUGUAAAAAUAAAACCGACUACUAGACUUAUUGAAUUCGUCGCAAAGCAGGUGAAGAAAAAGAAUGAGGUGCCUGAAAAUAUAAUUGCAUUGAAAAGUUACGGCAAACGACAAGAAACAUUCCUCACUUUAAAGGACGUAAAGUGGCUGAAUUCUUAUUUAGAAAAAUAUCGAGAGUCGUCUGACGAGAAAGUUUAUUUACAUGAACUUUUGGAAACUGCUGAUGUUUGCUUACCAACGCCUCCAGUAAAACCUAAAAAUCCAGAACUAGUGGCACGAUUAAUAAAACUUCAGGCACAGCAAAAUGCCAGGGAUUAUGCGUCAAUGACCAAAGGUGUAAAUCCAUAUAAGAAAAUUUUUCCUGAAGAUUCGAUAGCUGCGCAAAUCAAAGAAAUGAACAAGCAACUUAUAGCAGUGGCCCAGUUCGUUCUCUCCGUCAUGGCUGGGUUCGCCUUCGGUUUCAUUGGCGUGGAAUUAAUUGUCGGAGAUUUGGAUUUUGGUUUUCGAUUAUUACUGGGAAUUAUGAUUUCUCUAAUAAUUGCAUUAGCGGAAAUUUAUUUCCUAGCGAAAAAGCUAAGUGAAGAUGUAUAUGAUUAUCCGGAGGGUACUAGUGGAAAAGUACAUCAAGAUUGAAAUCAUAAAUAUUCAUAAAUCUACUUAAGAAAAAUGUAGUAAUUUAAAACUGUCUUUGACAUGUGUUCAAACCUAUUUAAUUUUUCUACGCUUAACAAAAAGUCUGUAAAUAGCUUCAUUACGAAACUAGAAUUACAUUAUUCCUGUAAAUAAACAUGAAACUUGUCAUGUCUUCAAUUUUAUAUAAAUGUAGAUUCAUUUAAUCUUCUAAUAAAAAAAAUUAUAAUUCUCACAUCAAGAGAUAAUAAACAAUUUUAAAAAAUUUA